UCACUUUUUCUCUGUCUUCUCUUUCUCUUCAGGCGACAACUCGGGAGAUUUAACGCUGUGAAUCCGCUGUUCCCGCGCUGUCCAUCGCUUCUCUGCUGCGGGGCCUGCGCUGCAUGCGCGAACUUUCCCUGCUCCUCUCCGAACUCGUCGCUCGGCUUCCUCCUUCCCCUGUCUCCUUUCUUGCUCUCUGCCGCGCAGUCGUGAGCCAGGAGGGUCUCUCCGUCUUCUCUUGGAUUCCCUGGCGAUCUGCUGACCGGGCACAGUUCGAGCUGUAUGUACACCCGACAGCUGCGGAAGUUCCGCCUCCGCGCAACUCGGGCUUGCGCGCGACUCCCAAGGGAAGCACGAAGCACAAGGGAGAAGGCCUUUUCGCCUCCUUCGCGGGCCAAACUUCGUCACAGAAAGGCUUUCUUGUCCGAUACAAAGACGACCUUCGCCCGUAGGCGGACGCUGCAGUCGGUCCUCGACCUUUUCUGUUUGGGUCGGACCGCAGGACGCACAUGCAGCACACAGCUGUGCAUCAAUGCAUUUUUUCGAGUACAAACGCACCCGCAGGGCCGUCUGGAAUCUGCUGUGGACCUGUAAAGCACAAAUCGGUACGCAGGUGGAGGUGAGGGUCGAGAG